GGUCUUGUGGUGAAGCUGCAGCUCCGCCGGCCCCGGAGGAGAGAGAGAGAGAGACCAAGAGGAGCCGCCACCGCCACCGCCACCACCAGCCACCGAUGCCGCCGCCACCGGGCCUGACGCUCUGCCGCCUUCCCGUGGCCACCAUGGGCCUCCCCCUCCCGUGUUCGCUGUCUCAUCCCCAUCUCUCCCUCGCCGCACGUCGCGCCAGGGCCGUCGCCGCCAGGGCCUCCUCCUCCUCUUCUUCGCAGGACUCGUCCUUCGGCUCGCGGAUGGAGGAGUCCGUCAAGAGGACGGUGGCCGACAACCCCGUCGUCAUCUACUCCAAGUCGUGGUGCUCGUAUUCCAUGGAGGUUAAAGCUCUCUUCAAGCGGAUCGGCGUGCAGCCACACGUCAUCGAGCUCGACCAUCUCGGUGCUCAAGGACCGCAAUUGCAAAAGGUGUUAGAGAGGUUGACUGGACAGUCUACUGUUCCUAAUGUUUUCAUUGGUGGAAAGCAUGUUGGUGGCUGUACAGAUACUGUGAAGCUGUAUCGCAAAGGGGAACUAGCUACCAUGCUGUCGGAACUGGAUAUCAAUAUUAAAAACUCAUGACGACAUUGAGCAUGGUUUGCUGAAUUACUGGAUCUAUUUGAGGUUUUAAUGAUUUGAGGAGUCUUGUAUUGAGAUUUCUUUGCAGAUCUAUUUUCGCAUGUCAAAAUUGGUGUUGCUUGAACAUUCAUGUAACCCCUCCCCUGGAGUAGCCACGGAAUUUUGAUCAGUGUAUGUCCAAUUGUCCGUUGCUGAGUUUGGGAAAGGACAAAAAAAAAAAAAGAAUGAACCCGCAAAUCUUCUGUUUCUUUGGCAA